CUGAACCCUUCCUGCUGAAGCGUGAAUGCUCCACACUCUCUCGGCUCUAGCAAUGAAGCAUACGACUCCUCACUCUUUCACAUAGCUGUGCAGCAUUUGGCCUCCCAGCCAGUCGCAUAUCCUCGCCGCACGCCAUGUUCAACCUCACCAAUCUUGUCCAGAAGGCCCAGCAGCUCAUCGAACCCACCCUCUCCAUCGCUGGCCCCACCUCCUCAGACCGCAGGCCUUCAAAGGCUACCCUCUUCCGUCACCAAUUUAGGCUCCCCGACUCGCAAUCCCCGCUCCAAGAAAUUACUGCCGAGCUCACACUCUCCCCCCACCACUCGACGAGGGGCUCCGGCGACGUCACAUCUCCUGAGAAGGAGCGCGGGCAGGGCAACCACUAUGUCGGCAAGCUGCACCUCAGUGAGCAGUACCUCUGCUUCUCGACGCAGGGGUCGAGUUUCUUGAACACAGCCAGCUUGAGCUCCUCCAGCAGCUUUACGGGUCAAACGCACGGAGCCGGUCCCGCAGGCAACGGUUUCACCUUGCCCUUGUGUGCUAUCCGACGAGUGGAGCGGCUGCACAGCCAAAGCUAUAUGUUUGCGCUAGCUAUAACCACCUGGAAUGGAUCAGCGGACCCGAAGUCGAAGAAUGCUGCGCCCAGUGGCCAAAAGCUGACAGUUCAGCUGGCUGGUAGCCGGAUACAAUGUGAGCGCUUCUGCGACGGGCUCAAGAAAGGGCUGAGGGAAGGUGUUAGAGAAGUCGAGAAUCUACGGGCCGUAGUCAGCCAAUGCUACUCCGAAUACCUUCUCUCGGAAGACGCAGACGAGAGGAGGGCUGGGGACCCAGCAAAUAAAACGCGCGAACAUCCAGACACUGGUCUUGGCAUGGUCUUCAAAUAUCCUGGAAAUGCUCGGAAACUCCGAGAUGCUACAAAAAUAAGGUUAUGGCGGGAAUAUCUGCGUGAAAACGGGCGGAGUGCCACACUGAUUCGACAGCCUACCUUCCACAAGCUAAUACGUGUCGGUCUGCCAAACCGCUUACGGGGUGAGAUAUGGGAACUCACUUCAGGCUCAUUCUUUUUGCGGCUACAAAAUCCUAAGCUCUAUCUUGAAACGCUCGCCAAAUAUUCUGGAAGAGAGUCUUUGGCUAUAGACGAAAUUGAGAAGGAUUUGAAUAGAAGUCUACCGGAAUAUCCGGGCUUCCAGAGCGAAGAGGGAAUCGGGCGGCUGCGAAGGGUUCUAACAGCGUAUAGCUGGACGAAUGAGGAAGUCGGCUAUUGCCAGGCGAUGAACAUCGUUGUGGCUGCAUUACUGAUAUACAUGUCCGAAUCUCAAGCCUUUUUCCUCCUCUCCAUCCUAUGUGAUCGACUUCUUCCUGGUUACUAUUCGACAACGAUGUACGGCACUUUGCUGGACCAACGCGUUUUCGAAUCGCUUGUCGAGAAGACUAUGCCAAUUCUUUGGGAUCACCUCGUUAAAUCGGACGUUCAGCUAUCUGUCGUAUCGUUGCCGUGGUUCUUAUCGCUUUAUAUCAACUCUAUGCCUUUGAUCUUUGCUUUUAGAGUCCUUGAUGUCUUUUUCCUCGAAGGUCCCAAGGUACUGUUCCAAAUUGGCUUGGCUAUUCUCCGGAUCAAUGGCGAAGAGCUGCUGGAUGCCACAGAUGACGGGACGUUCAUAUCAGUAUUAAAAGCAUAUUUUGCAAGAUUAGACGAAUCAGCUCAUCCGAAAUCCGAAAACCCGAAGCUGAGAGCUGUUACGAGGUUCCAGGAGCUCAUGGUUGUCGCUUUCAAGGAGUUUGCUGGAAUCACUCAGAAUACCAUAUCGGAGCAGCGAGCGAAGCAUAAGGAUGCAGUUCUUGGGAAUAUCGAGAGCUUCACGAAACGUACAUCUAUAAGGAACCUCGGACCUGAGAGUAAGCGAUUGAGUGUGAAUGACCUGGGCUUCCUCUACGAUCGAUUUUACUCGAUCCUGUAUGAGCGACAAGAGCGGGCCGAGAUUAUGCAGCAAGAGGCAGAUAGAAAAGCCAAGGCAGGACGAACAAAGAUCACAGAGGUUGUCACUGGCUUCUCUGGCAACAGCGUCGAAAGAGGGCGGGUGGCGUUAGGCCCCAGUCCUACUCAGAUGGAUUACGAUGCUUUCAGAGAGUUCCUUGCAGGUAUUGCUAAAUGGGCAGUGACCGACUCACCCAGCUCACCACCUGAACAAAACGGAACGCAAUCUCCCCACUCAUAUUUUGGCAACAGUACAAGAAACCGUCCGUCUAUGUCACCAUGGGGUUCUGGCCCCGAACCUGCUGACCAUGACUUCAUGAAACGUUUAUUCCGAAGAUGGGACACAGACAUGACUGACUCCCUCUCACUCCAAAAUGUCGUCACAGGCUUUGCCCAGGUGAAAGGCACUAAAGACAUCAUGUCGAACAUUAGCUACUUCUUCGAAUUGUACGACGAUGACGGCGAUGGGAGAGUAGAUCGCGAAGGUAUCUUGAGAAUAUCCGAAGCACUGUUGUUUUUGUCGAGACGAGGCUUCGGAGAUACAACAAGCCCGUUUCCAUCCACUACUGACCUUCAUGGCGGUAGUCCGGAGAGAGGAAAUCGCGACGAACAAUUUUUGAGCAGCGUGUCUGCAUUCAUACGCCGCUGCUUCGAAUACGCGGAUCCCGAUCACCCGUCGAAUCAAGGCCAUCAACCUGUCGACCAAGUAAAGGAGGGUCUUGAUAACUUCUCUAUCGGAACUGAUGACGAAGACGACCUUAUAGACUUCAAAUCCGAGCCUAGUACCCCAACCGCCACACAGCCCGCCAAGGUUACUUCACCUUCCCACAGACACACCAAGACGCCACUCUCUCCCGUUCCUUCGACCUCCAACCCCCUCACACGUACACAAUCCAACAAUUCAGACCGGUCUUUGAAGGCAAAGGAGGCAAAUCUUGCCCUCGACCCCAAUAAGCCUCUACAUAUCACACUCCCAACCUUUAGAAUGGUCAUUCUUGCCGACGAAAUCCUUGAAUCGUUCUUCGAAAUCGGUUUCUCAGCUUCCUUCCGCCUUGCAGAUGCACCCCUACCCUCGCACACGUCGAGUUCAUCAAACUUGACCACCUUCUCCAACGCCGGCAAGCAAAUUGCAGCGGCCACUGCGGCAGGCAUGGGUGGUGUCGUCGGUGGCGCUGGAGCUGGCGUCGUUCCCCCUGGAAAAGGCUUGCGAGGUAUGCUGGACAAUAUCGUCAGCGAUGGGAUGCGUGUUGCUGCCGAGGUGCGACGCCGCAUGGACGAAGCGCAACGCGAAAUGGAUCGUGAGGCUAAACAGGGGCGAGAAGACGACGAAGAAGAGGAAGAUCAAGCGAAUGCAAAGGAUGCGGAUCUUCUCGAAGGCGCGGAAACAGCUGAUGUAGAUACUACGAGGGGAAGUGCUCCGAAUCUGUUGAGUGCAGUGGAUGCAGGAGGUGGAGGGACUGUGGAAGUGAAGACGACAAGGAAUCGAAGCGCAAGCGACGCUAGCCGGAGGGUGCUAGAGUUUGAGCGGUAGUUGGUUCUUGGGUGUCGAUGGAAAGGUAGUGAUUCAUGUGCCCUUUUCCCGGAGUACGAAGUGUGUGGUGGCGUCUUUUUGUCAGGAAGGAUAUCUUCUCAUACUAUACUGCCGCGUGUGUAGGCUGACGAAGGGUUUUUGGAAUGCUUGCAUAUGGGAAUAAGAUCAUAGCGAGAUGAGAUC